AUGCGCAUGCGCUCGUGCCUCGAACCCGCGCGCCGCACUUUCCACGGAUUGCUUCUGUUCCAGUUUAUAUUCGCAUUCGAGGGGAAGCUUAUCCGUCGUCCCGCGCAGCUGACCGCGCCUUCCAAUUGGAAGUCGCCGGAGGCCGGCCUUCCCAGGAAGCGCUCGCUGCGCAUGCGCAGUGGCGCGCAGUCUUUCGGAAGUGACGAGAGGUUGUGUGCUUUCCCCCCCUCUCCUCCCGCCGAGACCGGAAGUUCCUCGCGCCUGAGUAGCCUGAGGAGAAGCUGCGGUGAGUAUGGGGAGCACGCGGGUGUCGUGGGCCCCGUGGAGCGGUUGCGCCUCUUAUGAGGGAGGCAGUGGCACCUUCUUCGUAAAUGUUCGUAGGAGGCGCUUUUCUCGGCUUUAUUUCACUGCUGCUGUUCUUUCCCCCUGUGCGUAUACCACGCUUUUCUGCUCCGUGUUAGCUAGCCAGGGUUAACAACUGUUUCCUCCUCAGGAGAGGGUUUAUUAUAGUUGUAUAUUAUUAUUAUUAUUAUUAUUAUUAUUAUUAUUAUUAAAUUUGUAUACCUCCCUUCAUAGAAUCGUAGAGUUGGAAAGGGGACUCCGAGGGUCAUCUAGCCCAGCCCCUCGCAAUGCAGGAAUCUCAGCUAGAUCAUACAUGGCAGAUGCUUAAAAACCUCCAGAAAAGCAGAGUUCACCACUUUCCGAGGAAGCCUGUUUUACUGUCAGACAGAAAUCUUAAUGUCAGAAGGUUCUUCCUGAUGUUGAGUCGGAAUCUCCUUUCUUGCAACUUGAAGCCAUUGGUUUCUGCGCUUUUCAGUCGGGGAAAUACAGUGGUACCUUGGUUUAUGAACUUCAUCCGUUCUGGAAGUCUGUUCUUAAACUGAAACUGUUCUUAAACCGAGGCGCGCUUUCCCAAAUCAGGCCUCCUGCCACCGGUGCCCUUCCACCAUUCAGAUUCUGUUCUUAGACCGAGGCAAAGUUCUCAAACCAAGACAAUAUUUCCGGUUUUAUGAAGUUUGUAAACCAAAUCGUUCUUAAACUGGACUGUUCUUAAACCGAGGUACCACUGUAUUUCAUUUCAAAACAUACAUGUAUGUUUUGUACUCUGUUGUACCCAGUGUGCAGUCGCUGCAACUGCAGCUAAAAUUGUCUGAGCAGUUUUUAAGUAAAGAUCAUAAGGUAUAAAAUAGAAUAUAAAACAUAACAUUUAAAUGAAAUCAAGAGCAAAAGAAAUCCAGUGGCAGAAUAUGGAAACACUGCAAAUGAUCUAAAACAUACUUUUUUUAAUAAAAAGCAAGAAAGAUGGAAGCUUUUCAAAAAUAAAAAAGGUAAUCAUCUGGUGCUGGAAAGAUUUCAGUGUUGGCACCAGACAAGCCAUUCUGGCAAGAGCAUUCUGCUCCUGGGAUGCCACCACUGUAAAGAUCCUCCCUCUGGUAGCCAUCUGUCCAGCCUUAUUUGCCAGGGGCUCCUAGACUAAAGUAUCUGAAGAAGAUCUUAGGGUCUUUUUCCUCAAGUCUGACCUGGAUUUACAUGUUGUGUUGAUAAUGCCCAUGGCACCUGCUUGUCCUGUUUAUCUUGGAUGUUAAUGGGAUCCCUGGAACUGUGAAGUUGUCCACUGCUACUACCUGCCUUCUAAAUCCUUGCAUGCUGUGGUUGAUUAAUAUAGUCAGGGAGGAAUGUCUCGUGAAUGGAGCAGAUUAUAAUGAGUUCUCCUUUCAAAGAAUGGCAAUAUGCCAGCUGCCCUGGAAAAAGCUGUUGUAAGAAACCCUCCUUAGUCACUGCUAUUCAGUAUAAUUGUAUGUAUCAAACAUUUCUAGGCAGAGUUCAUGUAUGUGCUGUUUUCUCAUAUCCAGUAAUUCCUGGAUGAUGCUGAUUAUCUUGAUUCUUCCCAGUUUGGCUUCUCACCUGGUUUUGGGAUUGAUUUUCCUCAUUGAUAACCUGUGUUGGGAACUGGGGUGGGGUGCAUUUCUGUUGGUUCUGCUGAACCUCACAGUGCCUUGCCUAUACUUCUUGACAUUCUGAGAAAACAUAUUUUGCACUGGUUCCAGUUGAACCUGGAGGGCAAAUAUCAGAAGAUAGUGUCCAGGAAUGACUGUUAUGCUCCGUCAUUGGCUUGUUUCCUAUGUUGUUUCACCUCUACAUGAAACCUGUGGGUAAGAUACUCGAAAUCUCCAGAAAAGAGUAUCAACAGUAUGCUGAUAAUAUUGCACUCAGCUAUCUUUUGCAUCAGAUUCCAGGAAGGCAGUGGAAGUCCUGAACUGGUGCCUGAAAACAGUGAUGAAUAGGUUGUGUACAAACAGACUGUCACUAGAUCCAGACAAGGCAGAAGUACUUUGAGCCACUAAAAAAAGCUGAUGAGGUUAGAGGUACAUACCUCCUGUUUUGGAUGGGAUUCCACCAGCUAUAGCUGGUGCUCCAGUUGCACCUUUUUCUGGGGAAGAUAGAGCAGGCCACUAGAUUCACAAAAGCCGUGAUCCUAUCCAGAUCAGACUACAUUUAAUGGAACUUGAAAAGUGAGGAAGAAGGUUGCAUAGGUCUCACUGUUUGUCCAGAUUGUGCCAUAUGCUUCUUUUGGUGUAUAACUUUCUUCCUUUGCUUAGGGGUAGCCAACACCAUGUCAUGCAGAUGCUGUUGGACUCCCAUGAACUGCAACCAGCAUGACCACUAGCUGGGAAUGAUGGGAGUUGGAGUUCAACAACGUCUGGAAGGCACUAUGUUUGCUACUCCUACUUUACUAAUCUGUAAGUCUUGUGAAACUACUGUAAUGCUUGGUGCUGUCUUGCUCCUUAAUAAAAACUGUCAGUAAUUUCAGAGUGAUGCAUUGUGAUAGAAUUGCUUUAUGGAUGUAACCUUUCUUUCUUUCUUUUUUUAGUAGUUCAAGUUUGGCUUUUUUAA